AUGGCGACCACUGUCUCCACGCCGCUCCCGCCAACAAUCUCGAGCUGCUCCCCCACGAGGCGCUCCGUUAUGUCCUGUUCGGCUCCAUCGUUUCCGCGCCCCAGAGUCCAGAUAAUCCACACUGCCGUGUCUAUUCCCCCACCGAGUUUCCGGCAUCUCUGCCCCUGGAGCGGGCUCAAGCACCUAGGGAUUUCAUGCCGGCACAGGAAUAGAGGUAUUCUUCUGGCUUCCUCAUUAACCGCCCCCCUGGUGGUAGCUACGGGAGGGUUCCUUCCCCCCUCCCCCCCCUCCAUAUCGCCUUUGCUUGUCGUCCUCUUACUCUUUUCUCCGUUGGAGCCGGUUAAAAUCACCAGUAUCUUGAUUUCCGUGAGCUAUAAUCUAAUGAUAGUCCGACUUGAUGCUGCCCUUGACUUGAUGUGGUGUGCUUCCCAGUGUUUUAGGGAACAAUGCUGCCCUUAAUUUUUUAAUGCUUAGGUUAUGGAUGCUGAUUAGAUGAAUGACUAUACGCGCACUUGAAGGGGAAGCUGAUUCCGGUUCUAAAUUACCCACGGUGUCAGAAAGUUCUUUGGUCAUCAAUUAGGUCACAGAUGUUGUAGAACGGAAUGUAACGUGCUUGAUGAUGAAUGGUACACGAGAUAAUGACAGUCCACAUGAGAAUUUAGUAAAUUUUGGUGAACGGAAGGCGCAUUUCAGUUUGGAUCUUCUCAGGCCAGUGAUUGGAAGCAUGAGAACAUCAUAUCUGGACGCUGAUUGCUGAUGUUCUCUCUAGGAUUGGUCAAACUAGCACGCAAAUAUCUUCGGCGGAGGAUUAAAUGAUUGUUUCAUUCGAUGACUGCCGCUGAUGAAAUGAACUGGACAUGGCCAAUUUAAUAAACUUUUUACUGGAUGUGAAGUCGUCUCAUUCAAUAAUGUCUACGCAGGAAGCUUAUGAAUCGAAAGAAAAAAAAAAACAUGAGUAAUUUUAAGAAACUUGAAAUAAACAAAUUAGUGUGGGCGAUGGAUAGUUUAAAGAAAAUAAAAGAGCCUUUUGCGGUUUGAAUGUUCAAGAAUUCUUCUAUCCCGGAACUCUUCAUUUUAAGGAAAGAUAAUUCGCAUUGGCCUUUAGAACACUAAACCUUGUUUGAUUUGGUUUUCAGCCUAAAGGCCAAGUUCCUAUGUUUGAUUUUUUUCAAUAGUUUUCUUUAUCACAACUUCAAGCAUGUGGGGUUCCCUCUGUAUUUUGGGCGGAAAAAUUCCAUUCUGCGGCAAAAAUAUGUCAAGAUCGCCGGAAUUAUCAGGAAAAUACAAAAAUCCAUGUAUAUCAAACUCCCAAAUGAGUUGGAUACUAGUCAAACUCCAGUAUGAGCAGGAGACAGGGUACAUGGAUGAGUUCCUCUGUCACCCAAUACUUGUUCCAGGGGUGGAAGAUGGUGAAUCCAGUUUUCUGGAACAAACUAGCAAAGGAAACAGGAAGAUCUGCAGACAAAAUUGAUAAAUUUCUACCAAGCACUAUCUUCGUAUGCUGUUGAAAAUGAAGAUGAUGGCUGAGCAAACCACCAGAGAAAUAUUGAACUUAGUGUCUCCAAUUCUAAGAUAUAUGGAAACUGUCUCUCUAUAAUCUCUGUCCUCCUUGUUCGCAUUGUUUUGCUCUCUCUUCUGGCAUUACUUGCCAAGACCAUCAUUUUUUUAAUGUGUAAUCUUUCCUCUAUUUAUUCCUGUGGCAUUUCAGGAGGAAAGGAACGAUACGUUGGUAGAAUACGUGCAUCUUUAUUUGGAGUUGGAGCUCCUGAAGCUUUAGUGAUUGGUGUUGUGGCUUUAUUGGUCUUUGGUCCCAAAGGUCUAGCUGAGGUAUGGAUGCUAUAUUUUUCUCGCCUCUCAAGCAAUUUCAAGCUUGUGAAUCCUGUUUGAUUCUUGAGAAUCUCCUUAUUUGACUUGAGAAGUAACUUAAAGAAGCUAGCCAUAUUCUUGAGCUGUAGAGGAAUGCCUCUCAGUCUUUGGGAUGCCCAGAGACGCCAAGUCAUUCUUCGAUCUUCAUAAUUUCGUCACUGAUUCAUGUCAUUGCUGUGGUCUAUUGCUGAACAGCGAAUCAUUUUCUCUCUGAUGUUACAUCAUUAAUGGACUCACUAUGAUCCGAAGGCUUGUUUCAGCCUAGGCAGGCUGUUGAGAAUAAAUUGUUGCUGUCAAUGGCAUGAGACUGACCAUUACGUAAAAGUGUCAUAAAAACUUUUAUGGACGAUUGUGUACUUCUAAGGCCACUGGGUCUCUUUCGCUCUCUCUCUCUCUCUCUAACCAGUAAAGUUAGUGUGACUUUAACGUACCCAUAUCUCUAUGUCAAAACUGGAAUCGACAGAGAUGCAUGUUUUCGCUUUUGAGAAAAUGGAACUCUAGAAUUUUGUGCAUAUUUUCCCGACAAAAUCACUGAAAAAUAUAUCCAAAUCUUGCACCACAAAUGAAGGGCAGUUUUUUGCACUAUUAUCCAGUGCUGAGAGAUAAGAGAGAUAAACAGGAAGAAUGUGUAAGAAUAGCGUAAAGGACACUUUAUGGUCCUUAGAAACUAUAGAGAGCGCCACCAUUUGACUUUGAUAAGUAAUGCCUAGCAUCCCCAUUCGGACAGACGUUUUCACUGACUCCCUCUCCCCCCCUGCUUUUCUCUCUGGCUUUCACGGUUUUCUGAUUCGGAGGAGUUACAUUUUUUAAAUAUCUUCCACAUUCUGCAUCUUAUUCCAACUCAGGUGAACAUAUCUGCUACAUAAGUUGCUUCAUUUAAUUUAAUAUCUCAUCCAGCUUUUGUAAAUCCAGGUGGCUAAAAACUUGGGGCAGACUUUGCGCGCAUUCCAGCCGACAAUCAAAGAACUUCAGGUCAGUUGAACCCAGAUGAACGGACUUAUAAAAUCCUGUCUGAUUAGCCAAAAUGUUACAGAUUGAGAGAUAGAAAGAUGGAGUAAUCUAUGGCGGAUAUUCAACUACUUUUUUGCUUGAAUUGCUUAUUAAUUAUAGGAAGUGUCGAGAGAAUUCAAGAGCACCCUCGAACGGGAGAUUGGACUAGAUGAAGUUCAAACACCCACAAACAAUUCUGCCUACCAAUCUACCACCUUCAAUCGACAAGCUACGGUUGAUCCCAGUGAGUGAAAAUUAUUCUGACUCCUGAUUUUCAAAAGAUAUUUCUAAACUUUAACAUGCGGAAAAAACCCUGCGGGUCUCUGGGAGGCUGCAUUUUCUCAAUCUUUUGAUGGUCCUGUACAGAAUUAUGUUGUAUUUUUUCUUAACAAGAAAAUUGGCGGGGAGAUGUUCUUAGGAAAACCCAAACUGUUCCUUGAUUCUGAUCGGCUGCACUACUUCAGAUGGGACUCCUGGGACUCCUUCCACGAGAACACCAUACUCCAGUGAAGAACUUCUGAGUGUCACAUCAGAGCAGCUGUCAGCAUCCAAUGUCGAGCCUCAGGCGCAGGCCAUCAACGUGGCAGGCCAACCUCAAGGUCUCAGAUAUCCUCAGCCUUCUCCAUGAAGCUUUUCCUUAAAAGGAUUCAGUUAUAUACUUUCAUUUGUUGUUUAUUUAAUUAUUGAGGUCAAAGGCUUGGAUGAUCCUUCUCAGGUGUGCCUGACCUUCAGUCUCCUGAAGCUGCAAAUACAACGUCCACUUCGACGACCUCUGGCUCUGCGUCUAAUUCUCAGACGACGUUGGAUGAGAAGCCUCAAACAGAUGGAGAUAAACCCUAG